AUGAAUUUUAUCUUUCAUCAUUCUAGUAAAAUGGCUUAUAAUGGAAGACAAACUUCAUUAACUUUACUUGUUUUAAAUCAAACAACUAAAAAUAAUGAUUUCAAUCCACUUAACAAUUCGAUUGAUCCAACAGAAGCAGUUUUAAUUGCAUUUCAUAUUGGUCGUAUAAUAUCUUUUCUGUGUAUUAUUUUUGGUAUUCUUGGAAAUUUUGCACUUAUAUUAAUUAUUUUUCGUUCAUCAUUUUGUUAUUUUUCCUAUGGUUUAAUUCUUUUAUUUAUUUCAACAUUUGAUAUAAUUCGCCUUAUUUCUACUAUUUUUUAUUAUUUACUUCAAGCUAAUAUUAUUCCAUUAAAAUUAUCAACUUUAACAAUUUAUAUAACAUUAUAUCGUUAUCCAAAAAUUGUUACAAAUUGGUUAAAAGUAUUUUUAGCUAUUGAAAGAUUUAUUGCUAUUAAAUAUUGGGUUGAACAUCAUUAUAAUAUUAAUUCAAAUAAUGCAAAAAGAAUUCAUCGUUCCCGACAAAGAAAAAUUUUAUUAUUAAUUCUUAUUUUUCUUUCAUGUUGUUUAAUAAGUCAACAUCCAAAUUUAAUUCCAUAUCGUUUUAUAUCAACAUAUAUUCAUCCAACUCGUUUACUUAUUAUUGCUACACCAAAUCCACAUUUUUAUUAUGGGUGUUAUGUAUUUAAUGGUUUUUUAUAUACUCUAAUUAGUUAUGUUAUUCUUGAUGAUGUUCUACCAAUAAUAACAUUAAUUAUAUUUAACACAAUUCUUCUUUAUGAACUAAGACAUCUUCCAACACUAACAAGUAAAAAAUUAGCUGAAUCAAUAUUGAUUCUUUUCUUUCUGACAAUAUUUUCAAUAUUUGUUGUACCAAGAUCAUUUCUUAUUAUUUUUAAUUUAUAUGUUGAUCAAACGUAUAUUAAUGAUACAAUUAUUUCAGUGGUAUUUCAUACAUGCCAAGGUCUUGAAUUGAUUAAUCAUGCCGUAACUGGAUAUGCAUGUUUUUUAAGUUGUCACAGUUUACGUAAAGGCUUAAUUCAAAAUAUUCGAUUAUAUAUUGGAUCAGGUGUAUCUGUUGCAAUUGUUUUCUUUAUUGGUGGACUUCUUAUCGGUCGUUUUGCUAUUCCAAGACCCUCAAAUACUAUUGUUACAUGUAAUAUAUCAACAGUAAAUAAACGAACUGAAGAAGAAAGAAAAAUAAUAUGGAAUGAUUUAAAGCAACGAUUUCUUAGUCUUGUUAAUGCACAAGAAAUAGAAAAAAAUCUUCAAAAUUUUACUCGAAAUACUCAUUUGGCUGGAACAGAUGAUGAUCGUACUGAAGCUGAAUCAAUUGCUACAAAAUGGCGUGAAUAUGGAUUAGAUGUUACUAUACAUCCAUAUGAUGUAUUACUUUCAUAUCCACAUCCUAUUCAACCAAAUAUUGUAUCAAUUCUUGAUCAAAAUAAUAAUGUAAUAUUUCAAUCAAAUGGAAGUGAACCAAUAUUUAAUGAAGAUGAUCAAUCAUUACCAUUUAAGAAUAUAGUUCGGCCAUUUCUUGCUUAUAGUCCAAAUGGAAUUGUACAAAGUCGAAAAUUAUUCUAUAUAAAUUAUUGUACUAUAGAAGAUUUUCAAUUCAUGGAAACUGUUAUUGAUAAAAAUGAAUUAAAUGGAAGUAUAGUUAUAUGUCGAUUUGGAAAAAUUUUUCGUGGAAAUAAAAUUAAUAAUGCUGAAAAAUAUGGUAUAAUUGGAGUCAUUUUAUAUAGUGAUCCAAUUAAUUUUGCACCAAAUUUAAUUAGGCCUGGUUCAACAUAUCCAAAUUCAAUUUAUAUGCCUGAUAUGGGACAUCAACGUGGUACGGCAUUAGUAUUAUCUGGAGAUCCAUUAACAAAGCAUUAUCCUUCUAAAGAUUACAUGUAUAGAGCUCCAAUAGAAAAUAAUCCAUGGUUACCAAAGAUUGUUGCUCAACAAAUUGGUUACAGAGAAGCAAAAGAAAUAUUAAUUCGAAUGACAGGAAUACCGGUUGUAUCUAAUUGGACUGGUGGUCUUGAUCAAGUGAAGUAUGUGUAUGGUGGUUUAUUAUUAGAUGACCUAUCAUUAAAAAUAUCAUCUUACAAUACAUUACAAAUUCGACGAGUACAUAAUGUGAUUGGAACAAUAACUGGUCAUAUUGAACCAGAUCGUUAUGUGCUAAUUGGAGCUCAUUUUGAUGCUUGGAAUUUCGGAGCUAUCGACGAUGGAUCUGGAGUAGCUGUUAAUCAUGAAUUAGUUCGUGUAUUUACAUCAUUAGUGAAGUCAAAUUGGAAACCAAGACGAAGUUUAAUGUUCUGCGCAUGGGCUGCUGAGGAAUAUGGAAUUGUUGGUUCAAUUGAAUUUGUUGAAGAAUUCGCCAAAAUAUUAGGUUCACGUGUUGUUUCAUAUAUUAACAUGGAUGCUAUUGUCGCUGGGAUUGAUUUCAUGCUCAUGGAAAUGUCUCCAUUACUAUAUGAUUUUGCUAUUGAUAUAUCUAAACAAGUAAAAGCAGCAUACAGUAAUGAAACAAUUUAUGAACAAUGGAUACGUAUUAACAAUGGUAAUCAAAAUAUUGGAGAAAAAUUUUUUACAAUGGGACUUAGUGCUAUUUCGGAUUUCGCUGGUUUUAAUCAAAUUGCUGGAAGUUCAAAUAUUGCAAUGGGUUACUUAAACAAAAACGAUGUAAAAGGUAUUGGUACUUAUCCAUUAUAUCAUACUCAAUACGAAAAUUUUCGAUUAGUUAAAACAUUUGUUGAUCCUCAAUUUCAGGCUCAUCAAGCAAUAGGUCGAGCAAUUGGCUUAUCAGCAUUAACUCUGACUGAUAUUGACUUACUUCCAUUUAAUCCUGCAAGAUAUCAUCAAGCACUAGUCAAUUUACUUAAUUUAACAAAAUCUAUGGCACCCAAAUCGAUCAAUUUUACAUCAUUACAAAAUGCUAUCGAUCAUUUUAAAAUUGCUGCUGAUCAAUUCAAUCAACGCAUUCAAACGACACUUAAUAAAUCAAAUCCAAUACAACUUCGAAUAGUCAACGAUCAGCUGAUGCAACUCGAACGAGCAUUUCAAAAUCCAUUAGGCAAUGCUAUAGAGCAAGCUGAUCUUAAACACACAAUAUAUGCACCAAGUCGAACAAAUCGAUAUAAUGCUCGUGGUUUUCCAGCUAUAAUUGAUGCUAUCGAAGAUCGUAAUAUAACAAAUAUUCAACAACAAGUUUCCAUAGUUACAUAUUUUAUUCGUUCAGCAAUGACUGUUCUCUACGAACCGAAUAAAAUUCAAACAACAUCAUGA